GCAGUCGAAUAAUCCCAAGUUUCUGGGUCUUUAUUCUGUCUCAGAUUCAGAAAGAUGACUGCAGAUUUGACCGAUGAGAGUCUCUUUCCUAUUGCUAUUCUUAUUGAUGAGUUAAGAAAUGAGGAAAUGCAAACCCGUCUGGCUAGCAUCAGAAAACUUACUACUAUUGCUCUUGCACUUGGUCCAGAGAGGACAAGAACAGAAUUGGUUCCAUUCCUAACCGAUACCAUAUAUGAUGAGGAUGAGGUACUUAGGGAAAUGGCCAAACAAUUGGCAGACUUUGUUCCAUUGGUUGGAGGACCUGAAUAUGUCCAUUGUCUUCUACCACCAUUGGAAGGACUUGCAUCUGCUGAAGAAACGGUUGUGCGGGAUAAAGCUGUGGAGACGUUGCGAACACUUGCACCUAGUUUCUCACCCAAGGAUUUGGAAACUCACUUUCUGCCACUGAUCAAGCGUUUGGCAACAGGUGACUGGUUUACUAGCCGUACUUCUGCUUGUGGACUGUUUAGCGUGAUUUAUCGACAGUCUUCUACUGCUGUCCGUGCAGAACUGCGUCGUGCCUUUAAGCAGCUUUGCACUGACGAUACUCCUAUGGUCAGGCGUGCAGCUGCUAACCGUCUCGGAGAACUAGCUCGUUGUUUGGAACUAGAUGCGUUACGUUCGGACCUGUUACCGCUAUUACCUCCUCUUUCCCAACAGGAUGAUCAGGACUCUGUACGAUUACUGGGUGUGAAUGCGUCAGUAGAUUUCGCUGAAGUUCUUCCUACUGAAGAUGUCUUGACACACAUCAUUCCUCUUAUAAGAGGAGCUGCAGAAGAUAAAUCUUGGCGAGUCCGUUAUCAAUUAGCUGAUCACAUUACUGAUCUACAGGCUGCAGUAAAACCCCAACUUGCUGGACAGCACUUGGUAGACGUUUACCAGAUCCUUCUCAAAGAUCCAGAAGGAGAAGUUCGCGCAGCGGCUGCAGGCAAACUGAAGAAGUUUGCUUCGUCUCUAGCCCCUGAUAUUCGUGAAUCCGUAAUUAUGAAAACAUUGUUACCUAUCAUUCGGGAAAUGGUCGGUGAAACUAAUUUACAGGUAAAAACGGCUCUGGCCGGUGUCAUGAUGGCUUUAGCUCCGCUGCUUGGCAAGGAGAAUACAUUAGAACAUCUUCUUCCAUUACUGUUGAUUCAAUUAAAGGACGAAAAUCCAGAUCCGUAGUAAAUGAAACACUCUAUACAUUUCUGUGUUAUAACUUCACACAAAUUGCUAGAUCUGGUCAAUUUCAUCAUAAAGUUCCUAUUUGUUUUUCACUCCUCAUAUUGAAUUACUGUAUAGUUAAACUAUUAUCCGGAUGAUGUAAAUUUUGUUGUCCGUUGAUUAUCAGCAAGAAUAAAAUCAGGAAACAUUUGGUGAGUGUCAUCUAUAUAACUAUAAAUUUGUUUGGCAAGUUGAUGAAAAUAAUACUUAUGUAACCAGAUGUAGGUCAAAACAAUGGAGAAAAGUCCAGUAGUUUUAUUAUAGUUUUGAAGUCCAGUUUAUUUUGUUCCAAUCUUAAUCAGCGAAAUAUUUAUGUUGUGUUUAGAUUAUAAUAGAGUGUAAUCAUUUUGUCGAUACUUUUCUACCGUACGUUAAAAAUCAGAGUAAGCUUAUUUUGCACAUUUUUCACUUGGUUACAUAUGACAUAACAGACAAAAAUCUUUUUUAUGCGGGGAAAAGUGACCUUGUAGUACCAUACAAUAAAGAGCUGGGAAAGUUUACAAAAGUUACCCGAAUUCCAUAAUUCUGUUUUUUACAUGUAGGAAAUUUUAGCAUAAGUAACCCAUUGUACUAAUUGUAAUUUUUGAAAGCGUCAAGACAUUUUUAUACUGUUAUAAUCAGUAUCCAUCUGGCCAAGGUGAAGAAUAUUGAGAGAAACUCGUUCUAAAAAUUUACCUCCUUGUCCUUCGCACAGUUCUGUCAUCUUAUUAUUUGUGUGGUAAUUGUUGCAUAAUAAUAGAUUUUUAUUUAUCUGUUGUCAAUGAAUCCUGAAUUAUGUAUGGUUUUGUUUUUUAUAAUAUCCAAUUUUCGGAAAUAUGUCUCACUUUUUUGUAGGUCCGUUUGAAUAUUAUAUCUAAUUUAGAGUGUGUAAAUCAAAUUAUGGGAAUUACCCAACUUAGUCAAAGUCUACUUCCUGCUAUUGUUGAAUUGGCCAGUGAUACAAAGUGGCGUGUUCGUCUAGCAAUAAUUGAGUAUAUGCCACUAUUAGCUAGUCAACUUGGUUUGCAAUGUUUUAACGAGCGACUCACAAAUUUAUGCUUGGGUUGGCUAGUAGACGAUGUAUACGCUGUACGUGAAGCAGCUGUAACAAAUUUACGAAAACUUAUGGAUCAAUUCGGAGUCGAUUGGGCCAGUUCUCAAAUCAUCCCUCGUGUAAGUUAGCUAUCCUCAGUACUCUUUAAUUUUUCUUCAGUCUCGCGGUCAAACGGUCGCGCUCUAUUUUCACAUUAGCUGAUCAUUUUUUGUCAUAGCAAACUUGUUUCAACUCCAGGUGUCAAUGGGUUUUUAGUGUUUUUCUUCAUAUUUGUUUUACUCAAUGGCUUGGUCGAUCAAGGCCAUUUAAUUAACAAUAGUAUUUCAUUCACAUCACAUUUUUUGUAGGUUAUAUUGUAAAACAUAUUAUUUUAUCGUUAAACUGAUACUUUUUUGUCUAAGACAUCCUGAAUUAUGGCAAUCAAAACAAUGCAACAAUUUUUCAGUGUUUCUGUUUGUUGGACCUAACCUUCAGUUUUCCUGUUUUAUUGUAUUCACUGUCAUUCCACAUAAUAUCAACGCAAAUACCAGUUCUUUGUUUGACUGUUGUUGGGAAUUGUAGAGUCGUUCUUUUUUAUGAUAACUUCGUAUUUUCUUCAUUUAUUAUUGGUUGUUUCCUGCGAAAUUGUUUAAAAGCAUAUCCGAUUGCCUCCGAACCCCAAUUUUGGCUACAAAACAUUGCUGCAUACGGACCAUGUAUAAUGCUCGCCUGAUCGUCUGUUUAAGGACUAUGGAAAAUUUUCACUGACUUAUCGUUGAUUUGCGUUGCUUUCUUCACUUUUAAUGACUACCGAUGAAGUGAGAUAUAAGUUUAGUCAAAUUUUUUCUAAUUUCAUAUCUGAGUAUAAACAUAAAUCCCAUUGAGACAAUUAGUGAAUAGAAGAACAGAAAGGGGAGAUUUUUCUCAAUUAUUUUUCAUCAUGGCUCAGUCAGUCAGCUACAACGUAGGACCAGGCACAUAUAUGCAUCAGUACAAGUUUCUAUACCUCAUUAGAACAAGAUGAACAGCAACAUCAUAGAAGCACUUCAACGAUAGUAAAAAACAUUAGGGUGUAUAUAAUUUAUAACGACAUAUUACUGAUUGAGUAACAGUAUUACAUAAUAAUAUUGUAAGUUCUACAAGUUACUAAAAAUCAUUCCAUUUAUCAACUAAGUGAUGGAAUAUGGUGAUUGUAAUAAUCAAAGUAAUUACUUGUAAAAUCGGGAACAGUUAAACGACUGUCAGAAUACUUAAUUACUCACCUACUCACUCACUUCUCAGGUACACCAUAUUGUCGAAGAAGGUUACAUACGGUUCUCCUAUCCACACUGUCGAACGCCUUCUCAUAGUCAAGGAAGUUGAUUUGUAGUGACAAAUUCCAUUCAAGCGAUUACCCAACAAUGAUCCGUAGUGUCGCGAUUUGGUCUAUGAACGACCAAUCCUUAUGAAAUCCAGCCCGUUGCUUUCGAAGUUGCGUGUCUACUAAAUUUUUCAUUCGGUUCAACAACACUACGUUGGAAACUUUUCGUGGUACUGAUAGUAGUUUGACGCUUUUGUAGUUCUCACACUUGCUCAGAUCUCCUUUCCUUGAUAUUUUUCUUUCCAGUCUGUCUGCACUUGUUCUUCCUCCCAAAUCUUCAUGAAUAGAACGUGGAGCAUGUUUACAGUUACUUCUUUGUCUUACUUCAGUGCUUCAGCUGGUAUAUUAUCAGGUCCUGCUGUUUUCCCACUCGUGAUUUGUUUGAUGCCCAUGCUGAUUUUUUCGAUCGUUGGAGUGACAUCUAUAGGAAGGUCUGUAUGUGCUGCUUCGAUGUUUGGUGGGUUCAGUGCUCUACCCACUAGUGCCGUUGUUCUUAAACCGCAAUGAUUGAUUUAACUUCUUUGUCCUUGGCUGGCUUACAAUAUUUCCCUGAUGGUUUCUUCGCUGUCAUAUAGUUAUCUCAUAUUUCCUUCUCUUGAAGCUUUUUCCACUAUCAUUUCUUGAUCUUAUGUAUUAAGAAAAUUUAUAAAAGCUUUUUAUAAUCCGUUAAUUUUGCCGAAAUUGCGGAAGAAUUAAGAGAGGAAUAAAAAGUCACGU